AUGGAAGAAUUUUCCAACCAGUCAAGGAUAGAUUUUCUGGAGUUGUAUGUCGACAUCGCCGCAAUCGAGAAUGUUCUGUUACCGGUGAGGUCAGUUGAUUUAAAUUCUCCCCGUCUUCCAUCUUUGUCUGCCGCUCGUGCGUCUCCAGAUGCUAGUGCUUCCGAAGGAGAUGAAGGUGCUGAGAUGGGUGCGUCUCAAAUCCCAAUAUUCCAUAGACCAGUGGUCGCGCAAAUGCCGCAGUUGCAUGACGUUGUGUCUGCCCCAUUAGGUAUUCAUCAUGAAGGUGACGAAGCUGUAAUUCCUUUUUGGGAAGGAAUUUCGCAUUAUUCCUACAUUGAUUGGAGUUAUCGUAGCGAACAAGAAUCAUGCACUGAUGGUUCGGUCUCAGGAUCGUGUUCAAUACAAGGUCCGUGGGGUUUCCCGUGGCGCGUUAGGGCCAUGAAACUAGUGUUUGGUGAAAAUUGGAAGAUUAUGAGAUGGGGUGGAAAGCACAAUUGUUUGAAUGAGCACAUUUCCCAGGGACAUAGACAGCUCAAUGCGGACGUUAUAGCAGAUCUCGUCAUAGGGAUGAUAAAGGAAGAACCAUCUGUGUCAAUCUCUUUGGUGCAAGAAAGGAUAACCUCUAAAUAUGGCUUUAAAGUUUCCUACAGAAAGGCAUGGUAUACGAAGCAGAAAGCGAUGGUAAUUAUGUACGAGCAGACCUUAGUGACUGGAAAAAAGGUGUUUCAUCGCAUAUUUUGGACGUUUACACAAUGUUGUGAGGCGUUCAAAUUUGCCAAACCCGUCAUACAAAUUGAUGGAACACAUUUAUAUGGGAAGUACAAAGGCAAAUUGUUGGUGGCCACAGCCCAAGAUGGUAAUGAUGAAUGUUUACCGAUUGCUUUUGCAAUCGUUGAAGGCGAGACAUUGGAUGCAUGGGACUUUUUUCUUGUUAAUAUUCGUGCUCAUGUUACUGACAUGUCAAACAUAUGUUUGAUCUCUGAUCGGCAUCGUAGUAUAAUAUCUGUUGUGGAGAAAAAUCCUAAUUGGCAGCCACCAAAUGCAUAUCACGUCUUUUGUAUUCGUCAUAUUGCAAGCAACUUCAAUCAAAAGUUUCAGAAUGAAGGCUUGAAGCGGAUGUUAAAGAAUUUAGGUUAUACUCUGGCCAUGGUUGAUUUUGAAAGGAAUCUUGCGAGCUUCCGUGAAAGUAUUCCUCAAAUUGCUGAGUGA